AUGCACGACUAUUCUUCCUCCGCUGCAUUUUGCCAGGCUCUUAAAUCCAUUGCCGACCAACUUACUAGUUUGGGUCAUCCCGUUUCGGACGAAAGACUCGUCCUUCAACUUAUUGCGGGUCUCAAUGAUGAAUUUGACACUGUGGUAACCUUUAUUCAACAGUCUCAACCUCUUCCAUCCUUUCAAAAUGCCCGUUCCAUGGUUGCCCUGGAGGAAACUCGCCGGAAUAAUGCUCGUAAAUCUGGUCCUUCACCCUCCAACACUGUACUCGUCACUACUGACCCGGCUGUGACCGACGUGCCACCUGUCUAUCACCAGCAACCGACCACCGCCCAUCGUGGUGGUCGUCAGGGGGGCCGACCCCAUCGUGGGCGCGGCGGCAGAUCUCAUAGGGGUGGUCGUGCUUCUCAUCUCUCUCAUACUGUAUUUGAGGAUGGGGACCACCUUGACGAGGUGCAAUAG